GCAUGCUCAAUAGAGUCAACCUAAUUAUAAUUUAUUUCUAUUGUACACAAGUACACAACCUGUCUCCUGUUCUUUUAAGAUGUUUGAAGAAGAAGAAGAGGUUCCUUCAGAGACCAGUAAAGAGGAAGAGAUAUAUGUCCUUCUAUUCAAACAGUGUGAUGAGAAGAGCAAUGGUUGGGUGACAGUCGAUAAGCUCGUGAGUACCAUACAAAGCAUGUUACACUCCUCUCCAAGGAAAGGGGAAGAUGUAUAUGACUCUGAACAAAGUGGACAUGAGGCUCAGUAUAACCUGGAGUUGUUGAAGUGUAUGUUAGAUAAUCACUCCAUUAAUGGUGAAAUUAAUGAAAAGACGUACAUUCAUGUGAUACGGCACUGGGUGAAGGACCUGAGGGGCCGGUCAGAGAGCCCAUGUUACAAGUCUCCUAAUGUCAGUGGAACUUCUUUCAAAGAAGAAGAUAGUAGUUAUCAAGAUGGAGUAGCAACUGCUUUAUUUCAAGAGAGUUUUGAAACAACUGGCGGUGGUUCCUCACAUCAAGAAUUAGAUGAAAUGCAGUUGAUUAAUGAACUUCGGACAGAAAAGAAAAAAUUACAAGAUAGAAACCAGACACUUUCACAACAGAUACAACAAAGUGAAGAGACUACGUUACAAUUAAUGAAUGACAACAGUGAAAUGUUAAAGAAUAUUAAAAGUCAGCAACAGAGUAUAGCAGCUUUAGAGAAGGUCAAAGAACGACAUGAAGAAUUAUUAUCAAGAUGGAUUGAUGAGGAGAAAUCAAAUGAAGAAACUAAACAGAAUUUGGAAACAUUGUAUUCUCAAGUUCAUACUUUAAAUUCUGAAGUUGCUCACUGGCAAAAUGAAGCAGUUUCAUCACAAGAAGAAAAGGAGAGAGUUAUGUCUGAAUAUGUUUCAUUGAAGCAAACCUUGUCACAAAAAGAUGAGCUGAUAGCAAAGCUGGAGACCAACAAUUUCCUGUUGCAAUCAAACGUUGAAGAACAGACCAGAGAGACCAUGGGCCUCCGUCAGGCACUGAGUCUCACAAAGGAAACUGUGGAAGACCUACAAGUGGAAAACUCUAGUUUACACAGUCAACUGAAGGAGCCGAUUUCAAGCACCCCCUUUAGACCCCAGGCUCCUUCUCUCAGAGAUGAACUAGCUGAAAAUGGAAUCUAUUCUGGUCUGUCUCCAGUGAGCUAUAUUAAUACUACUUCAUCUGAUACAUCAAUGGAGGUCAGUGAGGAUAGAGGAAACAUUGACAUCAUCACUGAAAGCAAGAGCACUUUUGGUGAUAGAAUAUCUCAAUCUAAAGAGAAGUUUGCACAGAAGGCUAGUUUAAUGAAGAGACAGCUCUCUGACCUCAUCGAUGCACCACUGACCACUAGCAUUGGGGCUGAGAGCAGAACUGGGAGGGACAGUUUCACUAGCAACAAAGAGAAUGAGGAGGUCUUUGAAGCUAAACUUAAGAGACUGGCUACUGAGAAAAAGAGCAAGAAACAACGAUCUCAAAAAUUAGAAAAGGAAUUGAGGAAUUUGAGAAAAGAGAACGAAAUAUUGAAAGAAAGAUGUGACCAGUUACAGACUGAAGUUAAAAAUAAAGUACCAGUUGUUGAUGAAUAUGUCAAGGGCCAAUCAAGUGAUGUCCAUUUAUUAUUAACAUCAGCACCACCUGAAGGAGCAGCUGCUACUAAUUCUCAGAAUGGAGCCAAACCAUGUACAUCACCUGAGGAUAAAGAAUCGGUUGCUGUAAGUGUUCAAACAGAUGUGAAAUCUAGUGAUAGUCCAAACCACACCUCUUUCAUGGAAGCCACACCAACUUAUACAGCAUCAGAUUACGAGUCACUUCAAGCGGAAGUUUUGAAAUUGAGGAAUGAGUUAGAAAUUGCUAGAGAAAGUUUAAAGUUACAUGUUCCUUUGAAAGGUAAAAUGGAAAGGCCUUUAGAGGAAGGACCAGGAGUUCAUACCUUAGAGCAGCAGCAGCAGCGGCAGGAGGAGGAACCGACUCCAGCUGGAGCAAUGGAGAGGGGACAGGUGCUGCUGUCAGCCACACCUCCUUUUGUUACGUCUUUUGAAGGAGAUCAAGCUUUAGAAAAUGAACAGUUGCUAACCUCCGCCCAAGAAGAAACUAGACUAGAGAGUAUAUUGUAUCAAAGAAGGUCUGUGACUCCAAUGAAAGAAGUCAAUGAAGAUGUGGCUGGUGAUACCUCAAGGAGUCAGUUCCUAUCUAAUGUGUGCAUGUUCACACUAAAGACACUGUUGUGGCUCUUGUUGUGUACAGUGCUAUUGAUACUUCUGUUUCUGGCCCUUGUUGAGUUCAAAUCAAGUUUGGGUCGUUGCAGUAUUGGACAAGCUUGUUCCCGCUCUCCCUUAAGAAUGAUUCUUGGACAGUACAUUCAGUAUACACACACUGGUGAAGUACCUGUAUGACUUUGCCUUAUUAUUAAUCAAUGAUUAUAAUUGUUAUUGCAAUCUUUAAAGUUUCUAAAAUCAAAUUUCACAAAAAUUAA